AUGAGUCCCAUGGCCACAAAUACGGACGACACGGCAGAUAUUUUGCAACCAAUAUCCGCCGAGCUGCCCAAGGAGUUGAGCUUGGUUAGUAAAACCCCUACGGUUGCUAUAAUCGGAGGUGGUAUGUCCGGGCUCCGGGCCGCACAGGUUUUGCUGCAAAAGGGAUAUAAGGUUGUGGUGUACGAAGCCCGCGACCGGCUUGGCGGGCGAAUAUUCACGAGCAAUCGUUUGGGAAAGGCCGUUGAUCUGUAGGUUCCCCUUCCCUCUUUUCUUUUUCCUAUGCAUCUACAUUACCGUAGCUGAUGCUGCGGCGCUCAAACGUCGGCAGCGGUCCAAACUGGAUCCACGGCACAAACAACAACCCUGUUUUGUCGUUAGCCGAGAAAUCUGGCUCAACGCUCCACCACUUCUCCGAGCAGUGCCCUACCUACGGCCCCGAUGGCAAACCCUUGGAUCAGACCGAGGCCGAUGAGCUCUCAGAAUUGAUGUGGAGGGUCAUCGAGCGUGCCGUCGAGUAUUCCAAGCACUGUCAUCCCGCAAUCCCUGUGGAAAAAUCCUUCCACGAUUAUUGUGUCGAGAAGGCCGAGGAGCUGUUCGGAACUAGAGUCGCUGAAGAUGAGAGUGCUAGAGAGAGGGCCGGAUUUCACCAUGGCGGAGGGAAAGGCGGAGUGAAGCGUAGUGCCGAAGAUCAUGUCCGAUGGAAGGGCGAAGAGGUGCGGAAAAAGGGGCUGUGGUUGUCCCUGGCGGAGAUGUGGGGCACCUUCAUUGGUAGCCCCGUUGAAAGGCAGAGUUUAAAAUAUUUCUUCCUUGAGGAGCCAUUGGAAGGCGGUGAGUACAGUACCGUUGGACAGCAUCACGCUCCGGCCACCGCUUCCGGGCGUUUCGUCAGGCUUAGCUAACAUGAGUUCCCUUAGCAAACAUAUUUGUCGCGGGCACCUAUAAAUCCAUGGUCGACACAAUGUCAAAACCUUCACUGGAUGCUGGUAUUGUCCGAUUAAAUACGCCUAUCGACGAAAUCAUAACCCCCACUCCGGGUAGUCGAAAUCGUGUUGUGCUCAAGAGCUCUCAGAAGCCUGAGGAGAAUUGCGAAGCGGACGCUGUGAUUGUAACAAUACCCUUGGGGUGUUUGAAGAGAGAGGUGAUCAAUUUUCAGCCAAAACUUCCCAAACGAAUGCUUGAGGGCAUAGAUUCCCUCAGCUAUGGAACUCUCGAGAAGGCUAGAUUCCCACCCUACGGCUAGAUAUGCUAAGCUAAAGAUCCGCCAGGCUAACAAACACAUAACAUUAGGUCUACAUCAAGUUUUCUGCCCCCUUCUGGAGUUCCACGGGACAAGACUUUUUCACUUUCCUUUCACCCACGUACGCCCCCAAAACAAACCCUGGUCGCUGGUAUAUGUCGUGUUUCUCGCUCGCUAGAUUACCAGAGCCCUGUGCGCAGCCCACACUUCUUUUCUACAUUUUUGGUCCCAUCACCAAACAUCUAAAUGAGAAUUUCGCGCCGGGCCAAACAGAGGCCGGCAGGAAGCAGUACCUCGAAUUCUUUGAGCCGUACUACUCCAAACUCCCCAAUUACUGCGAAGGCAGUCCAGACUGCCGGCCGGUGAGUGUCGAGGCAACACGAUGGAGUCAAGACAAGUGGGCCGGCUACGGAAGUUACUCAAACUUCCAAGUCGGUCUGCAUGCUGGCGAGGAGGACAUCAGAUGCCUAAGAGUCGGUACGGCGGAUCGGAGGCUCUGGUUCGCCGGAGAGCACACUUCGCCGGUGCUGGGUCUCGGAAGUGUCAGUGGAGCGUACUGGAGCGGAGAAGACGCAGCAGCCAGAGUGAUCGCCAGCCUCGAGAGCGGCGGGAUAUCCAGUCCCACACAGAUAAGGUCGGACGCCAGGCGCGCGGCACCACAACCAGACCCGAGAGACGGUACCACGAAUGGGACAGGGCCGAAGGCAAGCUGGUACGGGAAAACGGUGGGUUCCAAUAUUGCCAUCAAUGCCGUUCCUACGGGGGUGCAACAAGCUGGUCGGUUCAACCACAGCACGGCCAUCGCCAAUUAGUGAUUUCGUGUAGAUUUCUGAGUAAUUGUAAGUUGGGCUUUUCAUUAUCCUUACUGAUUCUUUUUAUGGUGAGAGCUGCCUUCGGGUUUGGGGUGAGUGAGUGAGUGAGUGAGUGAGUGAGUGGGCGGUUGGGCGUGUUAAAUAUAUACCCGGGCCACCUCUUGUUGUCAGCGACAGAGCCCAGGUCGAGGUCGGGAGGAGUUAUUACGGUCCGAAAGCUGUUUGUAUCCCUAGCACAAUGGAGUCAUUCUGAGCUCAGCGCAGAGAUACCCGUAACUCGUACUCGACAUUUCCUGGGCAAACGGGCAACGGGGACCCACGCCCAAGGCACAUAAUCGAGUGAUGGCUUGUGAGAAUGCCCACAGCAACAUGACAUUUCCGCCCCACAUCCCCUUCCCGUCUCGUGCGGCGGCCGGGAAUAUGCCAGUGACCCAAGCACAGCCCCUUAUAUAGAGUACAAGUCAUCGCACAUGAACGGCUCUGUGAACUUUGGCGUGCAGUGUGUGUUUGUGCAAUUUUGUCCUGCUUGAUUUCCCAGCGCCGCACCCAAACCCGUACCCAAGCACCGUAACCGCCCCGGAAUACAGUACCGUACGUAUUGUACCCGAAAGGCCCGCAGCACGGCAGCAGUGUGCAUCGUACGGUACUGUAAUCCAUUGCUCACAGUUGCCAUCACGUAAGUCAAGUUAACCCACGAGUAAAUACAAAUUGACAACCGCAUCGCGAUGCUCCAAGCUAUUGAAUUACUCUUCUCAACACUUGUGCCAUACCCACAAUACAAAAGAGGUAUAGUACAAACCCCACUCGACCGACCGGCUAUAUGACUGCGGUAGUUUAAGCGAAGAGUGAACUUCAACUGCCAGCGGCACCAGCACGCCAUACGGGUGCCAUGAGGGAAUCUCGGAAUUCGCGAUCGGAUUAUUGCACCGCCGCACCAGCCCGCGAUAGACAGGUUCGGUUGAGGAUUGACGGGAUUGCGAAUACUGUGCUGGUAGGAUGCUGCGAGUUCGCGGACGUGCGCACGUAAACUUUGGAGCGCAGCGAAUAACUUAUUCGCCGGAGCUACCGGUGACGGUGCAGCACAGCACUGUAGCAGCACCAGUAGGGUACUGUACGAGUACUCGAGUACCGUGCUCGUACAAGCAUCGCAUCGCAUGGUAGAGAAGAAUAAUGGCAUCAAACCGGCUGAGGCAAUGCCUUAGUCACCUCAGCCUUGGACAGCGACAUGAGCGGCAGAAGAAAUUCUCCACCCACCAGCAGUUCAAAAAGCUGCACCAUUUCAGGAAAGCGCCAAUACGAGUAUCUCUCGGGUCGGGAGCUCUACUGUCUCUGAACUCC